UGUUUGUAUUUUUGUGAUGGCGUAGGUGAGGGCAACGGUUGCAGAGCUUAAGAAUGCAGUUCGCUUAUUCAGUCUAUUGUCUGCAGCUUCAAAUCUUCAUGUUCAUGGAUUUGAUGAGAAAAAAAUUGAAACUCAUGUUGGAUAUUGCAAGCAUUUGCUUGAGGCUGCAAAAGUUCACUGUGAGGCAGCUGAGCGUGAAGAUCAACAGAAUAAGCAGAGACUGGAACUUGCUCGUCAGGUCAUAUUGGCUGAAGAAAAUCGUAGAAAAGCUGAGGAGCAGAGAAAAUAUCAACUAGAGAGACGGAAACAAGAGGAUGAACUCAAGCAAGUGAUGCAGCAAGAGCAGCAUUUAGAGCGCAUUAAGGAACAAUGGAAGAGUAGUACUCCUGCCUCUAAGCGAAAGGACAGGCCCCAGACUGAGGAUGACGAGGGCGGGCAUGGUGAGAAGAGGAGGAAGAAAGGUGGGAAGCGGAGAAAGAGGGACAAGAAAUCUCAUUACGAAUCCGAGGAAGCAGAAGCGGAGAUGGAUGAUCAGGAAGAAAUGGAUGAUGGUGACCUUCACAGAAAUUAUGAAGAACCUUAUUAUCCAACAAAUGAUCAUGAUGAUCAAGCAGAGGAUAAUCCACAGGAACUACUUGCAGCAGCGGGGCUUGAAGAUUCGGAUGCCGAGGAUGACACUGCUGCACCAUCAGCAAAUGCAAGUCGGCGAAGGCAGGCAUUGUCAGAAUCAGACGAGGAUGAGCCAUUGCGGAGGCAGGGAAGUGAUGGAGAAGGCGGAGACAAUGCUGUUGUUGACGAUGAUGAAUGAAGAUGAAAUACCUUUACCACUCCUAGUUUUGUUUAUGUCAAGAUUACCCGACAUUCAUUCCCUUUGUGCCAAACACACUGGGAUUUCUGUUGGCUCUUUCUUGGCCUGCCUGCUUUGUUGUUUUUGCUUCCUGGGCUAGUCUAGCCUGAGUUCCUUAUAGGAAGAAAAGGUAGAUGUAGCUUAAGUUAUAGAAAGAACAGAUGUACUGUAAAUGCAUAAUGUUUAUAAACAAUGUUUCAGAUGAGUUAACUUUUUUGCCAAAUCCAAAUUGACCUUGAACUCCUAUA